AUGAUGCUGAAAUUAGCAAUCACCAAAUUACUGUUAUGGAUGCUGAUGGCUGUGUUUAUUUCGCCAGGCCUGACAACUACUGGAAUUGUAAAACACAAACUGACCAUUGCUGGUUUAGUGCCAGCGGACAGUGAUGGCGCUUGGUCAUGUUCCGGUAUAAUCCCAGCCAUUGAUAUGGCUAUCGUUGAUGUGAACAACAGAUCUGACAUACUGACAGACUAUGAAUUGACAUGGGAUUGGAGAGACACUAAGGCAUACAAACAAGGCAUGUAUGGAUCAUCGUAUGCUUGGUUCAUUCCCGGUUUCUAUUCUGAGGGAUGGUGGAAAACUAAGGACCCCAAUGUCGACUGUACAUCUAACGAGUUACGAAUAGCUAUGCAGAGUGCCAUAGAAACUGUCCAGGACGCUAAGCGAUACGACAAUGUUACUAGCAUCAAUGGUGAAACAUUUGCAGAAUACGAGGAACGUUAUCAUCACGUUAUCAAUUCAACACCUGCGUAUUCCGAAAUCAUACCACACAUGUGGCAUAGUUUGGGGUAUGAUGCAGUUUGGUCAGUAGCUUUAGCACUGAAUGCAAGCAUCGAUGACGUGGCACUGAUGAAAAUGAAUGACACUCCAGGAACUUCCAGAGAUAAAAGAUUGGACGAUUUCACAUAUACCGACAAUGAAAUGGCUGCAAUAUUCAGAAAAUCGUUUCAGAAUGUUUCAUUUCAAGGAACUUCGGGAAAAGUCUGUUUUGAUAAAAACCAGGACAGAAUUGGAAGAGUUGGGAUAUCUCAAAUUUGGGGCGGAGAGCCCCCAUUGGAUGAGCAAAGCUGGUCGUAUAAAGUUGUCACUGUUGGAAAAGCUUUGUUCGUCACUGCAUAUAUCUUGUCUAGUAUUGGAAUCGCUGCUGCAGUAGUUAGCAAAUGGUUAAUCUGCAUUGGAUUCACUUUAUCAUUUGGUUCUAUGUUUGCUAAGACGUGGCGUGUACACCGAAUAUUUACGACACUGAAAGCCCGAACUUUGGUUAUGAAAGACAUCGGCUUGAUAACCUUCGUCUGUAUACUUUGUGUGGUUGAUGUUGUUGUACUGACAACAUGGCAGAUCGUUGAUCCGUAUUUGGCGUUCCUUGAAGAUAUGCACGAUUUUAUGUCUGAUGACACCAUUACCAAAACACUAUACCAGAGGUAUUCAUGCACAUCACAAUUUGAAUGGUACUGGACGGGAUCUAUCUGUGGUAUAAAAGGAUUACUUCUCUUGUUUGGUUGUUUCCUAGCAUUUGAAACACGUAAUGUCCAAGUGGAAGGACUUAACGACUCCAGACAAAUCAGUAUUUCCGUUUACAACAUCAUGGUAUCCUCCAUCGUUGUAAUAUCACUUUCAUUUGCACUAAAGAGUGAUCCAUUUCUUGGUUUUGCCUUCGUCAUGUUUCCGAUAUGGAUCUGUACCUCAAUGACGCUUAGUAUGAUGUUCAUUCCUAAGGUGGAUGCCAGUCAGUGCAUUAAUGUUCAUGAUAAAAUCUACUGGUGGCUAUCGUGCAAUGGAAAACUUCACUGGAAGAGAAAAGAAGGCAACAUGAAGAAUUCGGCUUCUGAAGACAGUGACACGAAGAAUACUAACAACAUAAUCAAAACCAUGUACAUUUGUUUCUUAUUAACAUUAUAA